ACGCUUUAUAAAAUUGAUAAAACCGUACCGCGUGGAACAUUACAGACACACAACUAUACUAUUGCAUUGAAAUUGAAAUUAGGUUAGAUCGUAUUUACAUACUUCCGGCUUUAGUUCAAUUACUGCUGUUUGCGUCGUUUUAUGAUCUCCACGUUUUACCUGUGAGCUCAGUUAAUAUGUCUCUAUUAUUCAACGGCGAUAACUCCGACUCAGAUGGAGAAUUAAAGAUAAACGCAGAAUAUGCCAGUAUUUACGACAAUUUCCGUCAAAAAGAGGAAUUACAUAAAUUGAAGGCGAGGUAUGGAGAAGAUGCAGUACUGUCGGAAGAUGAGUCUAGUGAUAGCAGUUCUUCAGAUGAAGAUGAGAAUAUUCAAAAUCCAGAAUUUGAUAAACAAUUUUUUCUAACAUUGGCUUGUUUGAAAUCUAAGGAUCCUAGCACAUAUAAUGAAAAAAUUAAAUCCUGUAAUGAUACUAGCAAACCUGAAACAUCAGAAAGUGCUAAAGUGAAGGGAAAAGAAAAAGAGAAAUCAAAGAAGGAAAAGCCUCUUUCUUUACGCGAUUAUGAACGCAAGAUAAUAUUAGAAAGAGAUGGACGGUUUAGUAGCAGUGAAGACGAAGAUGAAAUAAAACAAAAAGUUAAAUCUAAAAUUCCCACUUAUGUAGAGGAACAAAAAGAAUUGAAAGAUAGUUUUAGACAUGCUCUGAAAGAUGAGGAUGAUGAUGGAGAUAACGAUUUCUUAAAGAUAAAACAAAAAACAGAAGAUGAGAAGCACAAAGAAGAAGACGCAUACAAGGAAUGGUUGAAAGGUCAAGAAGUGGAAAUAGAUUCCAACGACAAGGAAAUGCUUAAACCAUUGCGUGAUUUUUGGUUAGAUCCUAAUUUAGAUCCAAAUGAGAAAUUCUUGAGAGAUUAUAUUCUAAAUAACAAGUAUAUGGAUAAAGAAUCUUACGGUGUUGACUUAGAGUACAAUCAAGUUGUUCAUGACAGUGAUGAGAACUUGUCGGAAGAUGAGAAGACUAUCCAAAAACAAGAGGAAUUUGAAUGGAAAUACAAUUUUAGAUUUGAAGAACCUGAUCAAGAAUUUAUCAAAAGAUAUCCACGGACGAUGGAAAACUCAAUGCGGAAGAAAGAUACCCGCAGAGCUCAGAAAAGAGCAGAAAUUAAGGAGAGAAAGGAGCAAGAGAAACAGCAAAAGAGAGAGGAAUUAAAACAACUGAAGGUAUUGAAGAGAAAAGAGAUAGAAGAAAAGAUAGAAAAAUUGAGAGAAAUUACUGGAAAUGAUGAUAUGUGCUUUGAUAAUGUUGAUUUUGAUUCUGAUUUCGAUCCAAAUGAACACGAUAAAAGAAUGAAGGAAAUUUUUAAUGACACAUAUUAUGCUGGUGGUGAGGAUGAGAUGCAGAAGCCAGAAUUUCCAGAGAUCGAUGAAGAACUGGGUAUUGAACCCAAAUGGGACACAUAUGAUCCAACUACAGAUAAAAUUGACAUGGAAGCUGCAUAUGAAGAAGAACCUCAUUGUGAAGAUCCAGAUUUUAAUAUGGAUGCGGAUUACGACCCAGAAUCUCGAGACUUACAAUCUGAACUUAUUGAAAAUACGAAAAAGAGAAAACGAAGGCGGCGCUCUAAAUUCGCUGAGCUUAUAGCAAAGGAGAAGCCCAAAUUUGAUCCCAAACAAUAUCCUUCGUAUGCACAUUAUUUUGAUCAAUAUUACUCAUUGGAUUAUGAGGAUAUGAUCGGAGAUUUGCCUUGUAGAUUUAAAUAUCGUAAAGUAGUUCCAAAUGAUUAUGGUUUAAGUAUUGAAGAAAUUUUAAUGGCCGAUGAUAAGGAAUUGAAUAGAUGGUGUCCCUUAAGACAAACUCUUAAACAUAAACCAGAACAUGUAGAAAAGAAUGAAGUUCGAAUAUAUAAAGAAAAAGCAAAGAAUGAAGCACAUAAGCGAAAAAUUCUUAAGAGCUUAUAUACUGAAUUGGAAGAGAAAGAAGAAAAAAACGAAUUUGGAAAGAAAGAUGAAAAAAAUAAAAGUGAGCAAGAAGGAAACGUAGUAAAUAAGAUAAAAAAGCAGAAACGGAAAAAUAAAUUAACAGCCGAUGGCAACGCUUUGAUUUCUAAGAAAAUGAAGAUAGAUAACGCAACGAAAAAAGAUUUUCAAAUAAAAACAGAGACUAAUAUUAAAGAAAAUAAUGAUGAAAAAAUUAUCAAUAAAUCUGCAAGCCGAAAGAAAAACAGAAACAAUAAAAGCUCUCAAUUUAAUCAAAUAAAUACUGGAAAGCACAAACCAGAUGAUGAUCCAACCAUGUCUUUGAAUGCAGAUAGAUUGAAAAUAUAUGGAAUAAAUGCUAAAAAAUUAAAAAAUAAAUUAAAAUACAGUAAUAGACAAAUGUAAAUAUUAAUGUUGUACUUGCAUAAUUGUAAUCGUAGUAAAUAUAAAAUUAUAUAUGAUUCUAUAA